AUGGGAAAGGAGAAGAAGAAGAGCAAGGAUGUGGUGAAGAACCCGAAGGGCACGCGAGACUGGUCUGGUGAGGACAUCGACCUGCUCAAAGCUAUCAGGAGGCAAAUCGAGAAAGUCUUCGAGCACUACCGUGGUCUAGAGCUGGACACUCCCGUCUUUGAGCUGCAAGAGGUUUUAAAAGGAAAAUAUGGCGAGGAUUCCAAGUUAAUUUACGACUUGCAGGACCAAGGCGGCGAGCUCUUGUCACUCCGCUACGAUAUGACGGUGCCGUUUGCCAGAUGGUUGGCCAUGAAUCCAGAUAUUGAGACGUGGAGGAGAUACGCAAUAGGAAAGGUCUACAGGAGAGAUCAACCUGCCAUCUCGAAAGGGCGCAUGCGCGAGUUCUGGCAAUGCGACAUCGACUUUGCGGGCGAGAGUGCUCCGAUGUUCAACGAUAGCGAAAUGAUUUCAAUCAUCGUCAAGGUCUUCGAAACGCUGGAGUGGAGUGGGAGGUACACAAUCAAGAUCAAUGACCGAAGAAUAUUGGACGGGCUGUUCGAAGUUUGCGGCGUCCCCGCGGAAAAGAUCAGAACGAUAUCCAGCGCAGUCGACAAACUCGACAAGCUGCCCUGGGCAGAAGUAAAGAAGGAGAUGGUUGAGCAAAAGGGUCUGGAAGAAUCAGUCGCGGACAAAAUCCAGACGUACGUCACCAGGAAGGGAGGGAAAGAGUUACUGGAGGAGCUACAGAAAGACGAGGCUCUCAUGGGCAACCCUAAGGCGAAAAAGGGCAUUGAAGAGAUGGAGAUACUGAUGCGUUAUCUUCGGAGGUGGAAGGCUCUGGACAAGAUUUCCUUUGAUCUGUCUCUGGCACGUGGCCUCGACUACUACACGGGUAUCAUCUACGAAGUCGUCACCGAGGGUUCUGCCCCGACACGCACACCUGCUCCGGCGACCGACUCUGCACCUCCCAUGGCACCUGUUGCUGCGAAUGGCGCUACCAACGGUAUUCCCAAGAGGGAAAAGAAACAAAUCUCCGAAGACGAUGACAGAUCUGAGGACCCGUCUGUGGGUGUGGGAUCGGUGGCUGCGGGCGGUCGCUACGAUCACCUCGUCGAAAGAUUCCGGCCUGAUGCCAAUAUCCCUUGCGUGGGUGUGAGCUUUGGCAUUGAUCGCAUAAUUGCCAUUACCAAAGCCAGGAUUGCCAAGGGUGAAAAGUUCAGUUACAUCACUCGCAACAGGACCGACGCUUAUGUCAUGGCGUUUGGCGGUUCUGGCUUUGGAGGAAUGUUUGAGGAGCGGAUCGACAUCCUCGUUGCUCUGCGGGAUGCCGGUAUAAGAGCGGAGACUUUCUGGAAACAGAAGGCGAAGCUGCAAAGACAAUUCAAGGAGGCAGACCGUGCCGGGGCACCAAUUGCAGUCAUCCUCGGUGAAGAUGAACAGGCACGUGGUGAGGUCAAGGUUAAGCAGAUGGGUCUGCCAGAAGGGGAUCCGGAAAAGGAGGGCGUGCUUGUCAAGGUUGAGGAUGUCGUGGCGAAAGUCCGAGGACUGCUGGCCAAGAUGGACGACUAA